AUGCAAAGCACCCUCAGAAGCCUCCGCGUCGGCUCUCGUUUCGGAAACCGCCUCAGUGUGGCUAAGUACCACUCCGCCCUGCACCCAAACAUCCUUAUCAACAACAAGGCUCCAGAACUGAUCCUCCUUACCAAAGCCUUGGACUACCUUCCCAAGUACGGUUUCCACAAACAGUGUAUUGACGACGCCGUGCGGGACCUUGGCUACGCCGACUCGCUUCAAAGCGUCAUUGCCGCUAAUCCGCUGAACGAGUCGCCAGAGCUCCAGCUCACGCUUUUCUGGUUGAAACACCAAAGACAGAAACUCUACGAGCAUGUGCUUGAUCCCCAGCUGGAGUUCCACAAGAUCCCCGACGAGUUCGACAGAGCCGCGUACCUCUUGAAAGAGCGUCUUUCAUACAACCAGCCCGUGGUGGGCCAGUUGGCUUCGGGUCUCUCGCAGCUCGUGCUUCCAUACAACUGGAGCGCCUCGUUGGCUGAACUCCACGCCUUGAGCGACGACAUUGCCUACUACGCCGGCGACAUGUCCAACGACCUGGCUUGGUACGCCAAGCGCCUUCUUCUUUCGUCUAUAUACGUCAAGCUGGAGCUCUACAUGCUCCUGGACACACCUCCGUUUGACUCCACCAACAGCUUUGUCGAUCGCAACAUCCAGGCGGUCCGCUUCAUGGGCGACUCUUACAACGCCGUGGAGCAGUGGUCUUUUUUCAACGCCGUCUCCUUGCUCAACCUUAUCCGCUCGCAGCUUGCCCGCGGUUGA